GGGAAGAGGCUACCAACAUCCGGACGGCAGGUAAGUUCCGACGCUUCUGCAGCGAGCGCGGGAGGCGGGACCUGAGGCACGGCUAACACUCAGAGAAAACUACCAGCUGAGGGUCCCUGGUCUGAAUGCUUGGGACCGGAAGAGUUUAGGAGUUCAGAUUUUUGCAGAUUUUGGAAUAUCUGCAGGUACAGAAUGAGAAAGCUAAAUACAAAAUUCGUUUGUGUUUCAUACACACCUUAUACACACUGCCUGAAGGCAACUUUAUAAAAACACUUUCAAUAAUUUCAUGCAUAAAACAAACUUUGAACUGUGCCUGGACUGCAGCCCACCACAUGAGGUCAGGUGUGGAAUUUUCCACUUGUGUCACGACGCUCCAACAGUGUGAGACUGUGGGGCACUCUGGAUUUCAGAUUUCCAGAUGCUCAACCAGUACUCAGAUUCCUAAGUUACUUGUCAGAAAUGCCUAUUUCUUGGGAUUACACUUCUCUCUGCAAAUGUCUGUGAAAUUCCUGUUAAAUUCUUUAUGUAUCAUAUACAUGCUACUAAGUUAAUUAUGAAAUUUAGUGUUUAACGCAGGUCAGUUGCAAAAACAAGAAUAUUGCAUGCUUCAACCCAGGAUGACAGGUUAUUGCCUAAAGGAUACACAACCCCUAGUAUGAUGCCUUCAAACUUAAAGAAAGGUUUGUAUCUGUGAGUGAAGAAAAGCAGUUAAACCAGAAACUUCCAUAAAAACAAGUCUAGCAGAACUGAGCUGAUUGCCAAAGUGUGGGAGAAAAAGGGCCAGCAAAAAAAUGGUUAACUCUAGCCUUCUGAGGAGGCCGCCCAGAGCCCGGCCAGAGAGAGGAGCGGGUGGAGGGGGCCUAUAAAGCCCUGUGCCAAGGGGCAGACUCACUGGCUCAGACGGAGGACGCACCCGCCAGCCAGCCGGGAACCUUCCCUCACGGGCUCCCAGGGCGGGUCUCUUCCUCUCUCCAGCCCUGCUCAGGCAUUCGGCAGGUCCAGCGGAGGUACACCUCCUGCAGCGGGUUCCAAGUGCACCUCCAGCCUGAUGGGCCUGACCGAGGAGGCUUCCAGGAGCACAGAAGGGGCUGCAACCCAGGUACCCAGAGAGUGAGCGGCUCCACGCAGGACUGUGCACGGUGGCCGACACCCGCAGGGACGCCCGCCGGACGAGCACGCGGAGGGCCCUCGCCUCCACGGAUGCGCCAUGCUGGUGUGCGGAGCAUCUGUUCUUCCACUCUUUGCAGGUGCUCCUCCUGGGGAGUUUCCUGUCUGACAAAUGCCGGGCUCACUUCAAGGAGAAUCAGGCUUCUUUCUAAAGAUGGAUUCACUGUUUAAAACAGAGCUCUGGGAGGCUUUUGGCAAAUCUUGAAAGCCACACGGUGCAGAGACAUGGAUGUGACUUCCCAAGCCCGGGGCGUGGGCCUGGAGAUGUACCCGGGCACCGCGCAGCCUGCGGCCCCCAACACCACCUCCCCUGGGCUCAACCUGUCCCACCCGCUCCUGGGCACCGCCCUGGCCAAUGGGACGGGCGAGCUCUCGGAGCACCAGCAGUACGUGAUUGGCCUGUUCCUCUCGUGCCUCUACACCAUCUUCCUCUUCCCCAUCGGCUUUGUGGGCAACAUCCUGAUCCUGGUGGUGAACAUCAGCUUCCGCGAGAAGAUGACCAUCCCCGACCUGUACUUCAUCAACCUGGCGGUGGCGGACCUCAUCCUGGUGGCCGACUCCCUCAUCGAGGUGUUCAACCUGCACGAGCGGUACUACGACAUCGCCGUCCUGUGCACCUUCAUGUCGCUCUUCCUGCAGGUCAACAUGUACAGCAGCGUCUUCUUCCUCACCUGGAUGAGCUUCGACCGCUACAUCGCCCUGGCCAGGGCCAUGCGCUGCAGCCUGUUCCGCACCAAGCACCACGCCCGGCUGAGCUGCGGCCUCAUCUGGAUGGCAUCCGUGUCGGCCACGCUGGUGCCCUUCACCGCCGUGCACCUGCAGCACACCGACGAGGCCUGCUUCUGCUUCGCGGACGUCCGGGAGGUGCAGUGGCUCGAGGUCACGCUGGGCUUCAUCGUGCCCUUCGCCAUCAUUGGCCUGUGCUACUCCCUCAUCAUCCGGGUGCUGGUCAGGGCGCACCGGCACCGUGGGCUGCGGCCCCGGCGGCAGAAGGCGCUCCGCAUGAUCCUCGCGGUGGUACUGGUCUUCUUCGUCUGCUGGCUGCCGGAGAACGUCUUCAUCAGCGUGCACCUCCUGCAGCGGACGCAGCCUGGGGCCGCUCCCUGCAAGCAGUCUUUCCGCCAUGCCCACCCCCUCACGGGCCACAUUGUCAACCUCGCCGCGUUCUCCAACAGCUGCCUAAACCCCCUCAUCUACAGCUUUCUCGGGGAGACCUUCAGGGACAAGCUGAGGCUGUACAUUGAGCAGAAAACAAAUUUGCCGGCCCUGAACCGCUUCUGUCAUGCUGCCCUGAAGGCCGUCAUUCCGGACAGCACCGAGCAGUCGGACGUGAGGUUCAGCAGUGCCGUGUAGACAGCCUUGGCCGCAGAGGCACAGCCAGAGUGUGACUUGGGAGCUGCACGCACCUGGGUGGACACAAGGCACGGCCAUGUCAUGUCUCUAAACUGCGGUCAGAUGUGGCUUCCGGCUCCUCGGGGCCUCGCGAGGGUCACACUUGCCUGGUCACCCUGGGGCUGCUAAGGAAACCUCACGACGGGUCACCUUGCACUCCUCACACAGAAUUGCUACAAUCCCAAAGCGCUCUCCCCGCAGGGUCCAAAGGCCAGUGGUGACCAACCUGUUGCCCAGCUCCUCCCCGCCAACCCUGCCUGCCGCCACAGGAAACAUUUCUGACACUGCCGACCAGGAAAGCCACACGGAGAGGCCACGUGGGUGAAGCGCCUCAGUUACACGGGAACCCUAAAGCAAAUCUGCCACCAUGGGGGAACUGAUGCUGGAGACACAAGGUGCUGGUGGGUCUGAGCUGGACAUCGCGGUGUGUCCUCUGUGCCCACGGUCUGAGCUAGCUAGCACACCGCCGAGUUAAAGAGGAAAAGGAAAACACGCUGCUCUGGUGCACGCCUGAGCGUCCUCCAUCUUCCAAGAUGGCAGCAAUGGCGCUGUGCGGCCUCGCCAGGCCCACGAGGGGCACCAGUGCUCGGCCCGGAGCAGCAGGAAGGCCCCUCUGUGGAGUGCCAGCCCGUGGCGGCAGGAGGGCCCCUCUGCGGAGUGCCCGCCGUCUGCUCUGAGGUGGUUCAGUCACUGCUUGUUGACCUCAUCAUGGCAAUUGCACUCACGUGGACUGGGACUGUGCGAGCUGCCGUGUGGGUUAGUCAGGUGCCAGGACAAUGAAAUACUCCAGUGUGGCUGACGAAUUUGUUUCUCCAGAAGUAACAGCUGGGGACAA